ACAUCAGCUUAAGCACGUGAAACAGAAAAUUCCGGCUUUUUUAAAAGGCACAGCUAAAUUGUAAUCUAAAAUAAUAAUCCACAACAAAAUGUCUGUUGUGGAAGUGCGAACGACCACUCAAAAAGGUAGAGGAGUCUUCGCCACGGCGCCUAUCAAAGCGGAUACAGUUCUGUUCGAGGAAGCUCCGUUGGUUUCGGCUCAAUUCUCAUGGAACUAUACUUACGGGUAUCUGGCAUGUGAAUACUGUCUGAAACCGUUGGAAACAGCCGAAACCAACGUUCGCCGACUUGCGAAUGACUUCUCGAUCAGUUUACCAUACGUAGAAUGCUGUCCAGUACAGGAACAGCUCAGCGGUCAUACAAAGUGCCCUGAUUGCCGGGAAGUGUACUGUAGUGAAGAGUGCCUGCAGAAUGCUGUUAAACUGUACCACAGAGCUUUGUGCUUGGGAGCGGAAAAGGGAAAUUUGGAACAUCCUACGAAUGCACUUGUAGAGUUUUGGAAGAAGAUGCAUUAUCCGCCUGAAACAUCUAGCAUCCAGCUGGUGGUGAAAAUCAUCAGCAUGUUCAAGCAAAGCGACGACAUUACGGGACUACGAGCCAAAUUUGAGGAUUUCGUUAGUCAGACGAUGAACGAAGACCUGAUGAUCUUCCAUAAAAUGCUUGGAGAAAAUUUCUCACAGCAAAUUGAUGAGUUGUAUGAGCUGAUAUGCAGGGCUUUUGAACCGACUACGGACGAACGUCUUCAGUGGCUAACGUUGAGCGGUUUCAGGUCACUGCUGGCUUUGAUAGGCACCAACGGUCAGGGCAUUGGCACCAGCUCAUUUGCCGAUUGGGUCCGAAAUGUAUCGGAACUGGAGCUCCCGGACAAUCGGCGCGAAUCGUUAGACGUACUGAUUGACAAUUUGUAUAACAAGUUAGAUGAAGUGGUGGGAAGUUUUCUCAACAAUGAAGGAUCGGCUUUGUACAGCUUUCAGAGCAAAGUUAAUCACAGCUGCACUCCAAAUGCUGAGUGCCGUUUCCCACAUUCGAACAACGUAGUGGCACUGACGACGACUCGAGACAUUAAGGUAGGUGAAGAAAUUUGCAUUUCUUAUCUAGAUGAAUGUGCACUGGAACGGUCGCGUCACUCUCGACAAAAGAUGCUCAGCGAGAACUAUUUGUUCCAAUGUCAGUGUGAGAAAUGUGAAAAUCAGGUCAAUGAUCCGGAUGAAACCUCCGACGAUGAGGACGAAGACGAUGAUAUGGAUGACUCCGACUAAUGCUAACUGGGGAAAGAAAUAUACAAUCAUUUAUUGCAUUUAUAA